CAGCGUGCGAGCGUGCUGCGAUGCGGGCCCUGCUGGCGACGACGUGCUGUGCACUGCUGCUGCUGCUGCGCACGACGACGGCUCUACCGGACGAGCCGAGAAUCACGUACGAGAUGCUCUACGAGCAGGCCGUGCAGGCGUACACCGACGAACGAUGGGCCGAGUGCCACGGCCUGAUGCUGCGCGCCGUCGACGACUGGCAGUACUUCAGCGGCGUGCAGGUGCUCUGCCGACGCAAGUGCAACGCGGCGGCCGACGUCGGCGUCGAAUACCCGAACGACGACGUCGACAACUUUCGCUUCUUCGAGCACGCGCUGCGCAACGCCUACUGCCUGCUGCGCUGCGAGCGACAACGGUUUGGCGGCCGACCCGAGGGCCUCGAUCCGGCGAUCAUGAAGAAGUUCCAGGAGCGCGAACACUACGACUACCUGCAGAUCUGCGCCUUCAAGCUGGGUAAGAUCGCUGAGGCCGUCUCGUACGCCUACACGUUCCUUAUGGGCAACCUCGGCCACGAUGUGAUGAUCAGCAACCUGCAGUUCUACCGCAGCCACGCCGACGUGACGCCGGACAUGUUCGUCGACACGCUCAUGGACGAAUACAAGAAGGAGUUUCUCAACGCGCUCGAGCACUACGACACCGGUAACUACGAGCUGACGGCCAGCGUGCUCGAGCUGGUGCUCACCGAGUAUCUACAGGCGCUCGGCGACUGUCGGCUGCUGUGCGAGGGUCCGUACGCCGAGCGCAACGACAAGUACGACAUGUACAUCGCCAUCUCGAAUCACUUCCUGCAGACACUGCGCUGCAAGGACGCGUGCAACGCGCGUGCGACAGCCGUCUACGAUAAGCUUUACCCGGAGCUGCUCAGUAACAUCUACCACUACCUGCAGUACUGCUACUUCAAGACGGGCGACCACCGCAACGCGGGCGCCGCCGUCGAGUCGUACUUGCAUCUGAACCCGGACGACGCCGACAUGCAGUUCAACAAGGAGUUCUACGUUCAGACCGGCGCCGACGAGAGCUACUUCGUCGUACGACCGGAGGCGGUGAAGUUUCGGCGGUUUCGCGACCACCUCGCGCGACUUCUGGACUACGACGAGUACACUUUCUCGAACAUUGCCGUCACCAUCUACGACAGUGAUCUCGGAAUCGACGUCAGCGACACCGAUGACAUCACCUGGGGCGCGCUGGGUGCUGACGACGCCGCGGUGGCCGCCGAUGAGCAGGUGAAGCGAGCCGACGGACCGGAAGAGGCGCCGGAAGAGGCGGCGGCGCGGCGGCGGCGGCAGGAGGAGACGCAGCGGGACUACGGCGCGCGCGGCGUUCACGUCGAGUUCACGGAGAAGGAGAACAACGUAUCGAAGCGCUUCCUCGCCGGCGGCUUUGCCUCGGAGGCCGAGUGUCGGCAGCUGGUACAGCUAGCCGAAGACGGCGUGCAGCUCGGCGACGGCUACCGACCCGACGACCCGUACAUACACUCGCAGAGCGAGCAGUUCGCCGGCAUGACGCCCGGCCGCGGCUACCGGCUGGCGCGCGACGGCGCCGUCACUCCGGAAGUCGUCAACCUGUUCCUGCGGCUCGGCGAACAGGUGCGCGAAUUUAUGGAGAGCUACUUCGCUCUGCGCACGCGCCUCUACUUCACCUACACGCACCUCGUGUGUCGCACGGCCGUCGCCGGCCGACAGUACGACCGCGGCGACGACAUGAGCCAUCCGAUACACGGCGACAACUGCAUACUGAAGAGCGACGGCAGCUGCGCGAAGGAGCCGCCGGCGUACACGUGGCGCGACUACAGCGCGCUGCUCUACCUCAACGACGACUUCGAGGGCGGCGACUUCGUGUUUGCCGACAGCCGCAAGCACGUGAUCGCGCAGGUGAAGCCGCACUGCGGUCGCGUCGUCAGCUUCUCGUCGGGCGAGGAGAACUUGCACGGCGUGCGCGCCGUGACGGACGGACGUCGCUGCGCGAUCGCCAUGUGGUUCACGCUCGACCCGCGACACGACGAGAUCGAACGAGUCGAGGCGGAACGAGAGAUCGCCAGCAUGCUGGAGCUGGCGCGCGAGAACGAGCGACACUCGGAGUUGUAGCGACGCGACGUCAUCGCUAAGAGGGGAGGGUCGCCGACGUCCGCGAGAAAGGCAUGUGACGUCAUCGGACGGGUGAGGUCAUCGGAGGUCGUGUUCCGGAUCCCGUGAUACGACCAGUGUAACGCGAGAGACCGUUAGGGAUGCUCUCUGCCGGCGGACCAUCGAAUUAAUCUCGUCGCGGUCGGAGCAGGAGGACACGAAGGAGAGCCUGUGAGGGAAGGACUGUGACAAGGACGCGCUACCAGUGUAGAAAUUCCGCGUUCGCGAGCAGCCGAAAAAAAAUGAGGUAACGCGAGACGGCGGGUGGAGAGAGAGAGAGAGAGAGAGAGUUGUGUGACCUGGAUGGUUCCCAACGAGCCAUCGCUGUCGCUGUCUCACAGAUGCGAGAAGGGAUGAGUGCAUGCAAGCGUCCUGCGCGUCUUCUCCCUUCCUCUCUCUCGCUCUCGCUCUUUCUUUCUCUGCGGCUGUCUCGUCGGAUCGCCAGAAGAGAGGGUAGAGAGAGAGAGAGGGAGGCGAAGGGAGAGAGAGCGCGCGCAGAGGGGCAAUUACUCGAGUCUUUUGUGCGUGGCAAAUUGCACUGCUCCGCCCGAUGACCGCACGCAGGUAUAUAUCACUACGCAAAUACACGUCGCUGCUCGGUUUAACCGAGGCACGGCGCUAGUUUAGCAGUAGUAUCAGUAGCAGUGGGUGGCAGGUUGGGUUGGUCCUGCGGCUGUGUCCACAGUUCAAACACCGCUUGUUGUACUGCCUGCGGGUUGCGCCGUUGGUUGCGAGCUAUGAAGCGCCUAUAUCUAUAGACAUAUAUGUAUAUAGACAACAGAGCACGCGCGCGUGGCGGAGAACAGAUGGCCAGUUGUUCGGUGCGUUGUUUUCGGCGUGGGGAGUGGAGCAGCACAAAGUAGCUGUUGGUGUAAAGAAUGGUUUGUUAUCUCCUCCCUUUCUUUAGCGUGGGAUUGGGUAAUUCGGCGCGUUGGUGGCAGGUGGGGUUGAGGAUUGCAGUGUUUGUUAUUAGGAGAAGGUAGUGUCGUUGAUAAUUUUGGUUACCCCUUCCCGAAUAGAUAGAACUCUGUCUAUAGAAAGGGAAAAAAUCGCAUAUCUCCGCUUACAAUUACCAUCGACAUCGGACGAAUUUACUACACGUGCACAGCAGAAACAUCUUGCUCUCUCUUGGGUCUCUCUUGCGCCUGUGUGCGGAGUGAUGCUAACGUGCCGUGACGUGGGGACGGGCUUGAGAUGGGAGAGGGUGAACGGAAAGAAGUCUGAAGCCUGUUUAGAGAUCGGGUUGCCGCCCGACCGCUGUUAUGAAAAAACUAUUGCAAGCUAUCUGACUGCACGCACCGCUGCCGUGGCGCCUGCUGGUUUUGCGCCCGUUCUUGUCGUCUGCUGCUGAUAUUUUAAGCCGUCGGCCAUAGAGAGUCAUCGCGAAGACGACCGACCGACGCCGUAGAUGCCCGAAGUUUGUCGUCGGCGGAGAUUCCCAAAUUUAGUCGGUGGCGGAGAUUCCCGAAGUUUGUCAUCGGCGGAGAUGCCCGAAGUGCAUGGCGGCGGAGAUUCCCGAAGUUUGUCGGUGGCAGAGAUGCCCGACGUUUAGUUCGGCGACGGCGAUGACUGAAUUGCGUCGUCAGCGGUGAUGCCCGAAAUACGUCGGCAGCGAAGAUACCCGAACAAACAGCGCACUCUUCGGACGGCGGUGAAAUUGUGCUUGUUGCGUUUUUAUGCCCAGUUAAAAAGAUGUAAAACUGAGUUUUACAGCCAUGAGCCGGAAGAGAAAUGAUAGCAGGCAGAAUGGGCGCGUUGUACGGCGCGCUCUAUAUACAUAACGAUCGACAUGCAGUCACUCCAAGCAAUGAUGAUGGCGUAUCGAUGAACUCUGAGAGAAUAAAGCGAGUGGGGCGAAGAAGAUUG